AUCAGUACAAGAUGUGGACUUGCUUAAACUAUCGGCCAGUUACAUGACACGCUCUGCAAAGUGUAAGAAACUCACAGUGCCGCACUGCGGAUCUUCAACUGCUUUUACACUCAACGUAUUCCUGUGGAUUCGUUCAAACUGUUUGUGGUUGUGAACAUUUUUCGGAAACAAAAUGUGAAUACGGAUUUUUACCAUUAUCCCGUAAACGCAAAAGUGGAAAUUUCUGACUAAAAUUCCCCCCAAAGAACACAAUGCUUCCAGAGAAAAGCGUUAGUCUGCAUACGUUCAUAGGUAGGUACUUGUUCCAUUGGGUUGUGACGCGGGGAUACGUGUGGUUUAUAACGUACGUGUGUGUGGAUUUCAUGCAAAACGUUCAUGGCCCCUUAGAUCGAAGCGUAAGAUCACUGGAUCGGCUUCUACGAAUAUAUGAAGAAGAUGCACAUCCAGAAAGCGACGACGACGUUGAAAACAGCGAGAACGACUCUGUAGACUGGGUACUCCGUACAGCUUACAGAUGGCAACCAAUAUCAACAGCAGAAACUCCCAACAAUGGUGGUCUAUCACUGUCUCCACCUCACAGCAUCUCACAACGGGAGACCAUGCAGAUCACACAGCCUGCUAGUGCCCCCACAUCCCCUCUCGCAUCUCCUAACUUAACAAGUACAUCCUUCAAUCUGUCGUGUCCUGGCCAGUCUACUGUAGACCCUAACUGGCAAGCCUCUAAACCGACUGUUAGAGAAAGGAAUGCUGCGAUGUUCAAUAAUGAACUUAUGGCUGACAUUCGCUUCAUUGUAGGAAGCCCAGGUCAUACUCAGUCUAUACCAGCACAUAAGUAUGUGUUGGCUACAGGGAGCUCUGUAUUUUAUGCAAUGUUCUAUGGUGGUUUGGCAGAAAACAAGGAAGAAAUUGAGGUCCCUGAUGUUGAACCAUCAGCUUUUCUGACUCUUCUGAAAUAUCUUUACUGUGAUGAGAUUCAGCUGGAAGCUGAUACUGUGCUAGCUACACUGUAUGUAGCAAAGAAAUACAUUGUUCCCCAUUUGGCAAGGGCAUGUGUCAACUACCUGGAAACAAGUCUUACUGCGAAAAAUGCCUGCCUCUUGCUGAGUCAGUCAAGAUUAUUUGAGGAACCAGAGUUAAUGCAGAGAUGCUGGGAAGUCAUUGAUGCCCAGGCUGAAAUGGCUUUGCGGUCAGAGGGCUUUGUGGACAUUGACAUUCAUACAUUGGAAUCCGUUCUGGCCCGCGAGACCCUCAACUGUAAGGAGAUGCAUUUGUUUGAGGCAGCGCUGAAUUGGGCAGCUGCUGAAUGUGCACGGCGGGACUUGGAAGCCACGCCACAGAACAAGCGCACUGUUCUGGGUAGUGCUUUGUACCUGGUGCGCAUACCCACAAUGAGUUUAGAGGAGUUUGCUAAUGGAGCUGCACAACUGGGGAUUCUUACACUGCAAGAAACAAUUGACAUUUUCCUCCACUUCACAGCACACAACAAGCCUCAGCUCAGUUACCCCACCAAGUCACGUGCAGGCCUUAAACCUCAGGUUUGCCACCGUUUCCAGUCAUGUGCAUAUCGAAGCAAUCAGUGGCGUUAUCGGGGACGUUGUGAUAGCAUUCAAUUCAGCGUUGACAAACGGAUCUUCGUGGUGGGAUUUGGACUGUAUGGAUCAUCUGGAGGAGCUGCUGAUUACAAUGUUAAAAUUGAGCUUAAGCGUCUGGGUCGGGUCAUGGCAGAAAACAACACAAAGUUCUUUUCAGAUGGGUCAAGCAAUACUUUCCAUGUUUACUUUGAGCAUCCUAUUCAGAUAGAACCUGAGUCCUUCUAUACUGCAUCAGCAAUCCUAGAUGGCAGUGAGCUAAGCUACUUUGGUCAGGAAGGAAUGAGCGAAGUGACUGUCGGAUGUGUAACCUUCCAGUUUCAAUGUUCAUCUGAAAGCACGAAUGGGACAGGAGUCCAAGGUGGACAGAUACCUGAAUUGAUAUUCUAUGGCCCUUCUCCAGCUUCAGACGAACACUAGUAUGGAUUAAACUUCCACAUAUUUUGAGAUGUAUUUUUUUUUCAAGUUGUAUAGUUCUGUUCCUUCCAAAACAGGAACUAAUUUUUUUCAGUGGUGAAGCCCCCCCCCCCAACAGAUUAUAGGCCUUCAAAUUUUCAUAACAGUUCUCCAAGCCAUGAGUUAUCUUCAUUACCUUCUACCUGAAGUGAUAACACUGCUGCAGUAUAUCACAGAAGCAUUAUCCCAUCAGUGUUUGAAAAAUCUUCAUUGAUUUAGAAUGAUUUAGAAUCGCCCAUUCUCAAGCACAGUAUCUGUUUCAAUUAGUUCAUCUGUGAAAUGGUCACAUGAGGAAGAGAGAGUGUUUUAAUUUCAGGUAGUGAAAGUGUGACAGUUGGCAAGGGAAAUGCUUUGAAUCCAUCACAUUGUCUUAGUAUGCCACGAAUGAAAAUGUCCCGAUCCCUCACGAUUAUGUUUGCAAAUUCUCUAUGUGCAGCUUAUACAGGAACUGUCUUUCUACAUUCCAUAUGUUAGAUAUUAGAUAUUAUGUUUUUAGAAAGAAUAUUGUUUUGUUAUGACAACCUUACAUUGAGGACUGUUAAGUAUAGAACUUCAUAUGGCAGCGUUCAUCACAAAUCUCUAUAUAUACACAGUGUGUCCAGGUUCUAUUAGGACUGUGUUCAUUAAAAAUAUAAGACGUGAAUUAUAUUCAAAAUAGUCUCCUUCUGAAUCAAUACAUAGCUGAAAUUGAUCGAAAAGUUCUUGAAAACAGUCACUGUAUUCCUUUCGUGGAAUUGCAUUUAAAACUGCAGUAAAUUCCCUUUGGAUGUCCUGGAUGGUGUUGUGACAGUCUCUUUUCAUCACCAACGUAACUUUUGGGAACAACCAGAAAUCUGCUGGAGCCAAAUCUGGCGAAUACGGAGGAUGACCAAGGACUGUGAUCCCUUUUCUGGUCAAAAAAUCGCGCACAAUCUUCGAUUUGUGGGGUGAGGCAUUGUCGUGGAGAAGUGACCAGGAACGUUGCUCUCGAUAUUCAGGUCGAAUUCGAAGAAUUCUUGCCCACAGUGAUUGAGGACUUUGAGAUACUAAUCAGAAUUCACUGUCUGACCUGGCAGAAAUUCCUUGUGAAUGAUUCCUUUGGAAUCGAAGAAAACAGUUAGCAGUAUCUUUACUCGACUCUUUUGAAUGCGCACUUUCUUCGGACUCAACCACGCUGCACUCUGCCACUUUGUGAGAGGCUCAUAUUGAAAACACCAUGUCUCAUCACCAGUAACAAUCG